CAUGUUUAAACUUUAAGUAGAAAUAUUUUUUGUGUGUAAAAUUUAAAACUCUUAACGAUGCAACGUAUUUUUUUAUAGAAGUAAUCUACCCGCCUCACUGCAUCGUGUGGUCUGUUAAUGGAUGUUCACGAUAAACAUGCGAAUAGAUAUAUUUGAAAACAUCUCGACGGUUUUAGCGGGAAUUAACCGGCAUUGUUAGAGGAAGGUGAUAUUAUUGCUAGGAUAUAUGACAAGAGGGUUAAUCACAACUUGGAGAGGACUUAUUUUAAUGACUGUUUCUUCUUUUUUUGAGCCUGGUGUUUUCAGGUUCUAGAAACUUUGGAUAUUUAAACUUGGAUUUUAGAAAGACACACUAACUGAACACAUGGUAAUAUACCAAAAUGGCGCUCUCUGCAACAGCUUCAUAUUUUGGUUGUACAGUUCUAGAGUCUGAUUUUGAGAACAUAACACUGGAGGAGAACCAAGAUGGUGUCUGUGAACCGUGCUUUCUUUUGAUGAAAACGACUACAUCAACGUUGUAUUGUUUUGACUGUGACGAAAGAUUCUGUGAGCAAUGUGGAAAUGUUCAUAAACAGUCCAAACUGAGUCGAGGUCACAGGAUGUGUAAACAACAUGAAGCGCCACCUAACGCGGCAAUCGAAUUAUUACAAUCGCUGUCGACCUGCACCAAUCACAAUGAGGAGUACGAGUAUAUUUGCCUUGAUCACGACGUAUUAUGCUGUGGAAAGUGCGUUAAUACAGAUCACAGACGGUGCCAACGACUUGAAACUAUAUCUGAUCGCAUCGCAAACGAAAGAGAAACGGGAAAUUCGCUUGAAACGCAAGUAGGAAAAAUCAACGGUCUGACAAAGACUACGAAUGAAAUACUAGAUACUAUUAAAAGCCAUAAAACAUCUCUAAACCAGUCUGAGGCGCUUUUAAUGCAAACGUUUAGAGAGGCAAAAUCGAAAAUUCUUUCAGCACUAGAAGACCUCGAGCAAAGUUUUAUAAUACAGAUUUCACAACAGAGAGCUGAUAUUGUUGCUGAAAUUCAUCAAAAAGAACUAGAAGUUGCUCAAUAUCAACAGGAAAUAAAUAAUAAUUUAAAGACGUCGCAAAUGGUUGUCAAUUUUGGAACGGACGUUCAUAAGUUUGAGAAGUUUCGAGACCUACAGAAAUUCGUCAUUCCUCAAAUGACAGCAUCCAUAGAGAAUCUGAAAACCUCUUAUCAGAAGACAGUUUUGCAGUGCAAAGUACACAUGUCUUCUGAUCAGCUGGCGAACAACAUAAAGAAAUGCCUAUCAGUGUCAAGCGGAAUCCCCAAAUCGAAAUCCUGGAUAUUUCAUAAGCUUAACAGCAGGGACCUAUUUGUUGAACGUUUUUCUAAAAAAAUCUGUUUCAUCAUAUCUAAAUGAUUUAUUCCAUACAAAAGCCAAACAUGCAUGUCUUGAUUCUAUAGACCAGCUGACGUCAAAGAUGACCGGAACUCCAGUUAAGAAACCCAUCAACGAUUCGUUUCAGAAUACAAGUGCUCGGAUUUAGUUAUCUUGGAUUUCAAUUGUAAAAUAGCAACAUCUCGUUAUUAUCGUAUUAUAAUGUAAAUGUAACUCAAAUUAAGAUGUGUUCUCUAUUGCCAUAUUCCUACGCGUUCCAACUGGAUACUGACAUAGAAACAACUUGCAUAAUGUUACCGUGUUUUUUUACGUGCGUGCGUGUGUGUAAUUCAUUGAACGGUUGAUUUUAAAAGUGUAUAAAAAUAUCAUUAACAAGUAUCAUUAAAACGUUUAAAGAUAUAAAGUAUUCACUGAGCAAGUGUACCAGGAAAGCAACUCGGUGCAUUAAAAUGUUAAUAUUGAGCACUAGCUCUUGUUUUAGACAUUGACCAUGAACACCAUAUUCUUUGACGUUUAAUUGUAUAAUGGACUGACAGACUGACCAUUUUUCCUUUUUACAAAUGGCCAUGGAAACCUUCUGUUUUGUUCAACAUAAAAUACAACCACACAUACCACCCCUUUUAUCAUAUAAUAUGAGGGGCUAUGUUUGCUAAUUGAAGCAAUUAGUAUUGGGGUUUUUUUCUGAAUCAAUUCAAAACAUAAGUGUUUCCCGCCAAAAUAUGACAUUCAUGUCAUAAAGCAAUUGGGAGGAGUAAUGUAUGUUAAACAAUGGGUAUGAAUAAUGCUGAAAUAUACUUAUAAAGUGUAUGGAAAUGAAAUAAAUCAGUGUUGAUAAUUUGUGUUUAACUUUCAUGUACUUCAAAGUUAAGUUUGUAUCGUGUUAAUAUGUUUAUCUUUAUGUGUGUUUGGUAUGUAUGAUAAAUAAAAUUGUGGAAAAUA